AUGCCGUUCGAGGAUCCGGAAAGCCCUCGCCCACCCCCCAUCGUUGCAGACCGCCUCCCACCCCGAAACCAAAGAAACUUCACCCCAAAGUGUUGCCUGAUGAUCCGGAGACGCAACAGAGCUGCCGCCAGAUGGGGGACCUUAUGCUUCGCUUCCAAAGACCGACAAAGGCCAGUCUACCUGGCGAGAGGACCCCCAGCGCGCCCAGAACCGGCAGGGGGUCAGCCGCUGGCCUCCUUGAGCUUCGAUCCGCUAUGGCUGUUUGUCUCCUUGAUCCUAGAUUUCUUCUCGUUCCUCCUGAAGCUGGCGACAGGCUUCCUGAACCACAACCUGGCACUGGCACUGUCUAAGAAAACCGCUGAGGCGAUGACUAAGACUAACUGCUGGGUCUGUACCCCUAUGCCAGUCCAUGCUGAUGAGGGCAUCCCGACUGCCCCACUACACCUGAAUGCCAGUCAGAUGAACACCUUGAAGCCCAAAGAUGUCAAACCGGACUCAAUCUGGGACAAGGAGCGCCCGAGCAGCUCGGGGGCUCAGGGCAAGUUUGCCUACAAGCUGCUCAACGACCUGUUUGCCAACUACUCCAACGCUCUGCGGCCAGCGGAAGACACGGACCGAGCCCUCAACGUCACCCUCCAGGUCACCCUCUCCCAAAUCAUCGACAUGGAUGAGAGGAAUCAAAUCUUGACAGCUUACCUGUGGAUCCGGCAGGUGUGGGUGGAUGCCUACCUGAGCUGGGAUAAGGAGGCCUACGAUGGCAUCGACACGAUCCGGAUCCCCAGCAGCUACGUCUGGAGGCCAGACAUUGUCCUUUAUAACAAUGCCGACGACCAGUUCACGGGGUCCAUGGAGACCAACGUGGUCAUCCGCUCCGACGGGCAGAUCAUGUGGGACUCUCCGGCCAUCACCAAGAGCUCCUGCAAGGUGGACGUCUCCUACUUCCCCUUCGACGGGCAGCAGUGCCGGCUGACCUUCGGCUCCUGGACCUACAACGGCAACCAGAUCGACAUCCUCAACAAGCAGGAGUCGGGCGACCUCACGGACUUCGUGGAGAACGUGGAGUGGCAGAUGCUGGGCAUGCCGGCCAAGCGGAGCGUGGUCACCUACGGCUGCUGCUCGGAGCCCUACCCGGACAUCACCUACACGCUGCUGCUGAAGAGGCGGGCCUCCUUCUACAUCUUCAACCUCCUGCUGCCCUGCGUCAUGAUCUCCUUCCUCGCCCCGCUGGGCUUCUACCUGCCGGCCGACUCCGGAGAGAAGGUCUCCCUGGGCGUGACGGUGCUCCUGGCCCUGACCGUCUUCCAGCUGCUGGUGGCGGAGAGCAUGCCCCCCUCGGAGAACGUGCCGCUCAUCGGGAAGUAUUACAUCGCCACCAUGACCAUGAUCACGGCCUCCACCGCCUUGACCAUCUUCAUCAUGAACAUCCACCACUGCGGCCCCGGCGCCAAGCCCGUCCCCAAGUGGGCCAAGACCUUCAUCCUGCAGUACAUGGCGCGCAUCUUCUUCGUCUACGAGGUGGGGGAGAGCUGCAAGAGCCCCCGGCAGGAGCCCGAGCCCCUCCCCAAGGCGGCCAACGGUGGCACCGCCUCCAAGGACGACUCCUCAGGCAAGGCCGCGCCGGCCCGGGGCACCUCGCCUCCAGAGGAUGGGCCGCCCCGCCGGUCUCCGUCGCAGGGCCCGGGCAGCCCAGCCGAGCGGCCGGACUGGGGCCAGGCGGGGCGUUUCGUGGACCUGGAGGGGGGCGAGGGCCCGGAGCAGCCUCCCCCGCGCUGUGCCAAGGGCCGGUGCUUGUGCCACCACAGCGGCAUCCUCCGGAACGUGGAGUACAUCGCCAACUGCUUCCGCGACCAGAAGGCGGCCUCCAAACGGACCGGGGAGUGGAAGAAAGUGGCCAAGGUGAUGGACCGCUUCUUCAUGUGGGUCUUCUUUGCCAUGGUCUUCAUCAUGAGCCUGCUGAUCAUGGGCAAGGCCAUCUGAGAGGACAGAGGGAGCAGGAGGAGGAGGCCCAGCUGACGGCAGCGGAGGGAGAGUUGCCGGGGCCGCCCCC